AUGUCAAAUGUUGAUUUAUCGAGUGACGGCUUCAUCGGCCUGGACUAUGACUCGAGGGGGUAUAUUCAGCCUCAGUCAUGGCCCGUGGCGGUGGACCAGCAGCAGCCUGCCCACCGAACGGAAGGAGGGCGAGAUAUCUCUCCCUUGCAAACCAGCGGUCACGCUUUCGAACAGUCGAUAUCUCAAGAUCCUAACUUGAUGGUGGACUGGCAAUUUCAGCACUUGCAACCCCACCUUCAGUACUCUCAUGAAGAGGCCUCGUCCGCUCCGCAGUUCACGGCCGCAAGUUAUGGCAUGCCCAUACAGUCGUCGCCGGUCGAUCUGAUCUCGGGAACGCAAGCUCAGUUGAGCACCGGACUUUUGGACGGUCCCUAUCUGCCUCUCUCUGCCCCCGUGGAUAUGGUCCCGUUCCCUUACCAGGACCUUCAAACCGAACUGAUGGCUUUCCCUACGGAUCACGGCCUGCCGGACCUGUCGUACGCGGCGCCGCAGAACAUGAUAGGCGGCAGCUCGCCCGCAGACACCUACCUCGAGGUUCGGUCCUUGACCAGCUCCAGCAGCGACAAUGGCUGGAGCACCAUCGAGCCGCGCCGUUCCAACGAGUUCUCCUUCCCGGAACAGGGCAUCUUCAUCAACCCGACCCAGACUCUCCACGACCGAAGCCUCUCGGAGUCGUCGUACUCGACCUCGUACGGCAGCUUCGUGGAUCUCGCCAACCCCGUCAACUCGCCCAGCUCCGAAACCAACUUCGAGUCGGCCUUUAAAAACUCCGUCAACCGUCGGGUUUCCUACGACCACACAUCACACGGCUCGCAGUCGCCGACGGCGGUGAGCCCCGUGGCCAUUGUCCGGCCCAUCCCCGUUCCCACGAGGAAGCCCACAUCGCCGACCCGAUCUGCCGCGUCGCAGUCCUCAGCUUCUCCGCCGAGCCGGAAACCCUCGCGGAAGAGCCCCAUCGCCGCGAAGACCGCCGAGACCAAGGUUCGCAAGCAAUCGCAGAACGGAAAGCCGGAGACCGAGAAGCGGGUCGGAAAGCGCAAGGGUCCUCUGAAGCCGGAUCAGCGGAAACAGGCCAGCGAGAUCCGCAAGUUGAGAGCCUGUCUUCGCUGCAAGUUUUUGAAGAAGACCUGCGACAAAGGCGAGCCCUGCGCGGGCUGCCAACCUUCACAUGCUCGGUUAUGGCAAGUUCCCUGCACGCGAAUUGACAUCAAGGAGAUUGGGUACUUCAUGAAGGACUGGAAGGCCGACUAUGAGCGCCAUAUCAGCCUCGGAUUCUCCGUCGGAAAUAUCAAGGGAUUCUCGGACCAAGAACGGACCCUCUUCAUCACCCACGGCUAUGGCCAAGUUCUUCCGAUCAACGCCCGCGAGGUCUACGUGCGGGACGAGCAGUGCUUCAGCGUCGACUGGGUCGAAUCGAUGCACCGGGAACCCACUCAGUACGAGGUGGAGACCGCCAAACUGUCCGCCGGUAUGGAAGGCAUUUCUCACGCUUUACUCUCCGAUUACCUGGACCGUCAUAUUGACGGUAACGGCACCUUCGAGAAAUUCGUCGAUGACUACUUCGAGGGCACCCCGUUCCUGACGCAGAUGCUGAAGACCGCGUUCCGCUACUACUUCCGCACCAAGUUGCCCGUCAUCCGGAAGGCCCUGAAGCUUAUCGUCGCCUACAACCUGACGCUGCACGUGACCAUGGUGGAAGGACUGGGCGAGGAGGAAUCCUUCCUCGGAAAGAUCCAGGAAGGCUCGUCGAAAUUCAACGGCAAGACGAUGGCGCCGGUGAUGAUCAAUUUCCAGAUCAAGUGUGCUAUGGCCAACAUGUGGCGUGAAUUGCAGAAGGACGUUCUGGAGGAACUGUCGAGUCUCUACUCGAGCGUCUACAGCGGCGACAAGCUUAAGAACUGGCCCACCAUCUUUAUCCUGGCGUCGAUUCUUCUGGCGGUCUGGGAGGAGAUGCAGUUUGAUUGCCACUACCGCACUCCUGACGCCGCUGCUGUCGACAAGUUCUGCAACGAUAUGGAGACUACUCCCGUCGGUGUGAUUGUCGGCCUGUUCCAGGCCAUUUCCCAGAAGCUGCCUGCAUUCGCCGACUGGGAGACGCAAAAGCACCACCACCUGUUGCACUCGAAUCCCGACGUUUGCAAUGCCAUGACCGAGGUCCGCCAGCAUGUCACUCAAUACGAGAGCUAUCUUCGGAGUCGCAACGGCUCGAAGUUCAACCGCAACGACUUUGACUGUCUAUCCAACAAAUUUAUCUCCCGGCUUGUGAUCCGUGCCAAUUAA